GAAAAAAUAUUAACCUUGAUAGCUAGAGUUUUCUCCUUGUGGAUAAGACAUGAGGAUUACUUAUUCGGCCCGGAAUUCGCGGAAAGGCUCGUAUUUAUUUGAACCUAGCAUGAGGCAGUCACAAAGUAACAUGUCAGGGCUGCGGGUCUCGAAUGUGUUGGCAUCAAAGGCUUGGCUCCUACUAGCUGGUCUUUCUUGUUCUCGUCUUCUUCUGAUAUGCAAAGUCGUAAACUGGUUGUCAACUGUGUUGCAGCGCGUGGUCUUGCAGAGACAGGGGUCUUUGAUAGGAUGGAUCCGUUCGUAGGGUGUUAUAUCGUGCCAUCGGAUAAGCAUCGCACUCAGAAUCACAAGGAUGGCGGUUCUGAACCACAUUGGAAUGAAACACUUUAUCUAGAUGUUCCAGCUGGCGAAAAUAGGCUGUAUGUUGAAGUCUUUGAUGAAGAUCCUCGAUCAGCUGGUAUCAUCGGCGGUGUGGCCAUCGAGCUGUCAGAAAUCACCAAUAGCGGUCGACUGGAUAAAUGGUUUGCCAUCAGAAGAUCCAAUGGCAAUCAGUCUGGAGAAAUACACUUGGUGUUGAAUGUAGAGGGUUCGCCAGGACAUGCCGGUUACGCUCCUCCCCCUCCGUCUUUUGAAAAUCAACAAUAUCAAGCAGCGCCUCCACAAUAUAAUGGUCCUGCCUUAGGGUACCCUCAAGAGAAAAGCCCUUCCUAUGGUCUUCCCCCCUCUUACGAUGGUCCAUCUACAGGCUACCCUGGCGAAAAGCAAUACAAUGAUUUGGGACCUCAGGUUCCCAUGCCCCUAAACUAUGGAUCUGGUAACCCGCCGCCGUUCAGCCCACCGCCUCCUCAGCAAUACAACACCCCUAUGUUCCCGCCCCAAUCAUCAAACUCUCCCUAUAGCUAUGGUGAGCAAACUCCAAGUCAAGGAUCGUCCGGUGGUUACAAUAGCCCAUAUACCCCUGGAAUGACUUCAUCAAGUCCGUAUACCAAUACAACAGAAGCCUAUCAAUCUGCAGAAACGAAAGCAUCGGCUGGUAAGCAGCCUGGCAAACCCACGCCUGAUUGGAUGAAAAUGGGUGGAGCUCAUUAUUUUAGGAAAAAUUGACUUUAGCGCAGACGUUUAAAAUAAUGUUCAUGAUAUAACUACUGAGUGUACCCCAAUUCGAGAUAAACAACAUUGCAUCCGAAAGUUGAUGGUAUUGCGUUUUCAAUCUUGUUCGUUUCGCCAGACGGAAGAUAGGAUAAUUGUAAGUUUGAUGGACAAGAACAUUUGUACCCCAUGACUUUCUGAUGGUUUGGCAGUGCAAGGAAAAAAAGAAAAAUAAUAAAUCAGUUAUAUGACCAUGAUCUA